AGGGCUACACAGAGAAACCCUAUCUCGAAAAACAAAAACAAACAAACAAACAUGGUCAUUGACAAUGCCAUGAACUGGACAUAUUAUGGUGGAUCAAUUCAUAGUUCUGGGGAAUGGACUACACAAGAGUCCAGAUGGUUUGAACUUAGCAGUGGGCAUAUAACAGGGGGAGAGGGUGUGGGAGAUAGAUACACAGUAUGUAAGACUGGAGUGAAGGGCAAAGUGUUAACAAUUACAGGAAGGGAAUCACAAACGAGUCUCCAGCUCUAUUACUAUCACCUAAAUUGUGUCAUCUCCAAAGUUUACAGGUUGAAAGGUGUAUUAGCAUUAAGAGGAUAUGACUGUGUCCUGGUCAUGAGAGUAUAGCUGUCCCCUACAAGAGAAGCACAUGCUCUUAACCAUGGAGCCAUCUCUCCAGCCCUCCAGUUACCCUUUAAAUAAGUGUAUCCCUAUAAAGGAGGCUGAAGGGAGCUUGCUGGUCCUCUUUACUCUUCUGCCACAUAAGGACACACAAAAGGCACAUCAAUGAAAAAAAAAAAAACUCUCCUGAGACAUUUGGUCUGCUUUAGCCUUCACCUUGGACUCCCCAGACUCCAUAACUGAGCAUUUAAUCUCUGAUGGUAAUUUACCCUGUGCAGCCACUUAUAGUAGCCCAGCUUCAUAUACUCACUUGAACAAUUACAUCUUAAAAAAAAAUCAAAACACUAGUAAACACUGCAUUUUCUUGUUAGGAGGCUGUAUUUUCCUGGUUAAGCCACAAUUCCUUAAGCACAUAGGCUAUCCCCAUGUUGUGUGACACUGUUCCUGGAGAACUGUGAACAUCUACCCAGAGAACUGAUACCACCAAAGUCCAACUUGGUGAACCAAUCAGUUUUAUUGAGAUUACUAACUGGAGCAGAAAUGACACCAAAGCCCACUCCAGCAAGUCAACAGCUCACAAAAUCUGGAAACAUGGGUCACACUACAUACCUUGCAGAUAGCUUAACAGAGUGAAAUGUCCCUUACAGGCAAUGUGGCUCAUCUUUGCAGGCAGUUCAGUUGAUGUGAGCCUCUUCUAGGCAACUCUGCUUCUUGGAGAGUGUCUCUCAGUAGUCCUACUGUUUAUGUAUGCUUGGGGAAGGAGGAGCCUAGUGAAUCUUGUCAGUUUCAGGGACUUCCUGAAGCCUCCUAGUUGUUUACUUUCUGAGCUAAAGACACCCUUCUGUAAGACUAAAUGUUCUCCCUGUUCUUAGAAUAUUCUAUGACCUCACUAGCUUCCUUGCAUGAUGGACUUCAUCUCCCUUUAGAAUAUCCUUUGUGGUAAAGAGCUUCCCUCCAAUAAGGACAGCUCUACCUUUUGUUUUAUCUCAAGAGGAAACUGCAUACAAAAUAGUCAACAAAUGAUAUGGCAGCUCCUUGAAUUAGCUAGCUGGUUGUCACUGGCAGUCUUUAUUUUCUUGCCUCUCACUUCCUUUCUUUUCUUGAACUUGUCUCACAAAAAUGAUCUCAACAACAAAACUGAGCAGUUUCUUUUGAGUCUUUCUGCCCCUGGACUUCCUGGGAGCAUGUGACACGGACUUGUCCUUGAAGCAUUCCCCCGUGGGCCUUCCACUUCAGUACACUCAGCAGCAUUUGCACCCUUUGUGCCUACUGCUCUAUCUUCAGGGCUUAGCUCUCCAUCCUCUUUUCAAUCUCUUCCUUUUCUCUAAGAUUAUACUCAGCGUUUAUGGUUUUAGUUACCUUGUGUUUUAAAUUUGUUUCUUUAUAUUUCAUGUGUAGGGGUGCUUGCCUGCGUGACUGUCUGAGCAUCCCUGUGCAUCCCAGGUACAUUGCAGAAGCAACAGAUCCCCUGAGUCUCGAGUUACCAACUGCUGUGAGCCUUUAUGUGGGUUCUGAGAAUCAAACCCAGGUCCUGUACAAGAGAAGCAGCAAAUGCUCUUAAGGACACACCCAUCUCUCCAGCCCUUCUAAACAGCAAUGACUCUCACCUCACAGCUUAAAACAGCUUCUGAAAACUCCAGGCCUGUCAUCUAUCACUCUACAGAAGGACUGUCUUAGUUAGGGUUUUACUGCUGUGAACAGACACCAUGAACAAGGCAAGUCUUAUAAAAAAAACAACAUUUAAUUGGGGCUAGCUUACAGGUUCAGAGGUUCAGUCCAUUAUCGUCAAGGUGGGAGCAUGGCAGCAUCCAGGCUGUCAUGGCGCAGGCAGAGCUGAGAGUUCUAAGUCUUCAUCCAAAGACUGCUAGUGGAAGACUGACUUCCAGGCAACUGGGGUGAGAGUCUUAAGCCCACACCCACCGUGACACACCUACUCCAGCCAGGUCAUACCUAUUCCAACAAGGCCACACUUCCAAAUGGUGCCACUCCCUGGUCCAAGAAUAUACAAACCAUCAUAAGUACCUUUAGUUGCAGAGAUAUUUAAGCUCAGUAUUUUCUAAAUUAAAAGCCUUUUCUUCUCUUCCCAAGACCCUACUCAUUCUGUAAAGUAUUUCUGGUUGGAGUAUCACUUCUGCUUUACAUGGUACCUAGAGCAGAAACCCACAAGUCUUUCCUAACAAUACCCCCAUCCCACCCCAGUCCCUCAUCAAAGUCUUCUGUUUCCUAAAGCUUCAAAGUGGUCUCUCUCCAUUCUCAAAUCACUACUGGAGUCCUGACCACCAGAGUCUCUUCAUUUCUCCCCAAAUGCCUUUCAAGUAUUGUUCCCCAGUGAUCCUCUAAAAUCCUAAUUUGACCCCAUGUCUCUAGUUUUAAAAAUCUUUAACCGCCUGUAGCUUUUUUUUUUUUUUUUUUUUUCCCGGUAGGGAGGUGGUGGACAGGGUCCUCCUAUGUAACCCUGGCUACAGGCUGGCAUAGAGCAGCUGUCCUCCAACACAACAUAUGCCUUCCUUACCUUCAGGUACAAUGAGCCUUUAGGAGACUGGGCCUUUGCUACAUUGAAGAACCUAAAAUGGUUCCACCAUACAAGAUACAACGCCCAAUACAACGCUUAAUCUUUGUCAAUCCCCCCCUCCCCACCCCCAUCCCCUGCGCGAGCCACUCAAUAUUUUGCUGGAUUUUUCACUUCCUCACCAACGCUUCCUCCUUCAGAGAUGGCGUAUUUACCCCAGGACCUGAUAUUCAUUCCAACAGCCAACUAUGUUGGACAGUGUGCUGUGCUAAUUUCUUCGUACCUACAUUUCUUUAUUUGUAUAAUAUUACAAAAGACACACACACAUCAAAAAAUGCCGUAUUAAAUUGCGCUUACAACUGGACUAUUCUAAGUCAGUCCUAACUAAACAUUAGCUAUAGUUUUUACACAAAUAUUAGGUAUGUGGAGAAUGCCUCUUCUGGAAUGAAGUCUUCAGUGGGAGAGGAGUUGCUCACAUAAAGAUGAGGAGAAAGGACCAAAGAAGGUGGAGAUGGAAAAAAAAAAAAAAAAGAAAAAAAAGAACCUAAAACUUGGCUGCGAGGAUUCUCUUCUAGAACCCUAGAAUCACAAGAUUGUCCCGCGUAGAGAAGUUCCUCCGCACAGCAGGCGGCGCCGCAGCAUCACGCUUGCCGCGGGGAGGACCAACGCCGCCCAGGUCACGUGUCCCGUGCUCCCGGGUUCGCGUGCCUCGUGACGUGCGCCCGCAGUAGUGAUUGGUUGGCGAGAGGCACGUGGCUAGGGCGGGGCGGACCGGGGCUGAGGGGUGGGGCCGGGGGCGGAGCUGCUGGAGGGGGCUGCUCCGCGCCGGGGCCGUUGGCUCCAGACAAAUAAACAUGGAGUCCAUCUUCCACGAGAAACAAGAAGGCUCACUUUGUGCUCAGCAUUGCCUGAAUAACCUAUUGCAAGGAGAGUAUUUUAGCCCUGUGGAGCUAUCCUCAAUUGCACACCAGCUGGAUGAAGAGGAGAGGCUGAGAAUGGCAGAAGGGGGAGUCACUAGUGAAGACUACCGCACAUUUUUACAGCCUUCUGGAAAUAUGGAUGACAGCGGCUUUUUCUCUAUUCAAGUUAUAAGCAAUGCUUUGAAAGUUUGGGGUUUAGAACUAAUCCUGUUCAACAGUCCAGAGUACCAGAGGCUCAGAAUUGAUCCUAUAAACGAAAGAUCCUUUAUAUGCAAUUAUAAAGAACACUGGUUUACAGUUAGAAAAUUAGGCAAGCAGUGGUUUAACUUGAAUUCUCUGUUGACGGGUCCAGAAUUAAUAUCAGAUACAUACCUCGCACUAUUCUUGGCUCAAUUACAGCAAGAAGGUUAUUCUAUAUUUGUUGUUAAGGGUGAUCUGCCAGAUUGUGAAGCUGACCAACUUUUGCAGAUGAUCAAGGUCCAACAGAUGCAUCGACCAAAACUUAUUGGAGAGGAACUUGCACAUCUGAAAGAGCAGAGUGCCCUCAAAGCAGACCUGGAGCGCGUCUUAGAAGCAGCUGAUGGGUCGGGCAUAUUUGAUGAAGAUGAGGAUGAUUUACAGAGGGCUCUAGCCAUAAGUCGCCAGGAAAUCGACAUGGAGGAUGAAGAAGCUGAUCUCCGCAGGGCCAUUCAGCUCAGUAUGCAAGGUAGUUCCAGAAGUAUGUGUGAAAAUAGUCCACAGACAUCAAGUCCAGAUCUCUCUUCAGAAGAGCUGCGGAGGAGACGAGAAGCCUACUUUGAAAAGCAACAGCAGCAGCAGCAGGAGGUAGACCGACCUGGACCCCUUUCAUAUCCACGUGAAAGACCGACCACAAGUUCAGGAGGACGUAGGAGCGACCAAGGAGGCGACGCUGUGAGUGAAGAGGACAUGCUUCGGGCAGCUGUGACCAUGUCUUUAGAAACUGCUAAAGACAACUUGAAAGCAGAAAGAAAAAAAUAGUACCUUUAAAAGUCAUUUUGCUACUCACACUUUGUAACAUUGUCUGUGUGAUUACAGUGUAAGGGCCACUUUGGCAGUAUGUUCACCAGAAGAGAUAAAGACACUGUAGUGGUUUGUAAGCAGAAAGGCAGAAAUGUGUCAUAGGACUAAGGAACGAUCGAGAUACUAGCCAAAGAGGCAGUCAGCAAUGAAAGAAACUUUUCUAAAUGUCCCGUUUUGUUUUUCAAAUGUGCAAUAUCUGACUGAAAUUAUGGAAUUUUUGUUGGCUCUUUUGGACCAACUGAUUAGCUCUUGCCACAGAACUUGAUCCUAUAAUGUUUCGUUUUCUCUCUGCAUUGGGGGUGGCUUGGCUCACUUGAGCUUUUACUUCAUUUCAGACCUACCUUUUAUGAAAUGUCUUUUAUAUGUCUUGUUACAGAAAGAUCAGUCUGUCUUCUCAUACAUAUGUCGGGCACGUGGAUGCUUCCUGGUGGUAUUUUCUCUAAUGUGGUGAUGUGUUGCUUUUAAAGCCUUUGUUAGUGGGAUCACAUUUCCUAAUUGUGCUGCAUUCCUCUACUCUGCAGUCAGCUCUGUUCUUGUAACUGAGCACGUGAGCGUGCUCUGUCUGGAUGCCCUGAGAGUGGCUGACUCCUGGCUGGAGCCCUUCCUGUACCUUCCUUCCUCUCUUCUCCAGCUGAGAAAAGAGGAGGCAGAGGACACAAACAGAUUUCCUUCUACGUAACAUGCACCAUGAAUGCACCACAGGAGAAACUCGCCCUUCAGUCCUGGUGGUGGGUUUGUCCUAGUUUUUCAUCUGUGACAGGAGCUUUGUGUUCUAAUCACGAUUAAGUCCUGGAAAAUAGAUGCCUGCUUCACUUUCUAAAAAUUAAAAAUAUUUUUUUUUCUUUUUCUAGUAGAAAAUAGGCUGCUAGGAUGAUGGUCUAGAAUCUGAAAGUAAUUUACUAAUAAAAUAUAUUUAAAUAAUACUGUGGGUUGACCCUUGCAAUCAUGUUUAAAUCGCUUAAGAAUUACAGAAGUCACAAAGCUUAAAGGGUCUGUUUGUAAAUAGGAAAGUCCUUAGUUUUGAUAAACAUUAAGCAGGAUGCAGAGCUAGUCUUGCUGGGUCAAUACGUGGUAUGAUUUGGGUGGAAAUUAACUCUGUGUCUUUGUCAUGGUGUCAUAGAUACCCUGAUACCUGCUUUCCCCUCCCUCCCCUUUGAAGCCCCUUUGAAUGGUGACUUGUACAUAGGUAAAGUCCAAGAAGAGAUUGUAGCCAGCUUAGGAAGGGGCAGCAUGCUAUAGUGCUCUACUGGUGUGUGCUCUGCACACGUUUUUAUCAGGGAAAGUUUUGGAUGUAGGAUUUAUUGCUGUCUAACUGAAAAAGAUACAAAUAUUUUUAUUUAUGCUUAUGAAAUAGCUUUUUCUUGAUAGGAUGGAUGUUUGGUUUGGUUUGGUUGUGCGAGGGAUUGAACCCAGGGCCUCCAGUGUGCUAGGCAAGCGCCCUACCUCUGAGCUAUAUCCCCAGAUCCAGAACAGGGGUUUCCUUGUUUGCUUUUUGUUGUUUUUCUUAGCCAUUUUGUGCCAACUACAGUUGUUUUUUAAAAAUUUGCUUCAUGAAAAAUUAGGCAGUCCUAUUUUAAAAUCUAUGAAGUUUUCUUUCAGUAAUUGCAAAGGUUCAGAAGAGUUGGGCAGCUGUAGGGUGUUAGAGUUAGGACUUUGCUUACAGUUGAUUGCUAUACUGAAGUAUGUAACUACUCCCGUAUGCUGCUCACAUGUCUAGACAUUCAUUGGCCCUUUUCCUUUACCCUUUGAAAAAUCACAUUAAACUUUCCAUACAUUUAGAUUGGUGUGCUGCCUGAUGAAAAAUGAGAAAGCCAAUAUACACUUCAGCUUUAACUUUAGAGUUUAUAAAAUGUUCAUAUAACACACCCUACUUAAAUCAUGUAUGAAAUACAGCAUGUUAGUCUUUUAUUAGAAAUGUUUUAAAGAGAAACUGAGCACACACUGAAUCUAUUUGAGUGAAGCUUUUUAGUUUGUUAUAUUUAUGGCAUUGUCCAGGCAGAUCCAAAAUCACCAUUGAAUUGCCAUCCUCUUUGGGUUGACCUAGGCUUACUAAACAUUUAGAUUUCAUUAUUAAUGAGUAGCCAGUAUGAAAAGAUGCCAAUGCUUAUUCUAGCCACAGUAUCCAAAGUGUAGGAGUUCUAUGACAUUCUAAUUCAUAACCAGGAGUUGCUGUUUAUAGUACUGCAGGACAGACAGGGGCAAGGGACUCCACUGCCACGGCUGGUCACAGACUCGACUAACUUUUCCAUUUGUUUUUUUACCAAUUGGAAUACUUAAAUGUAUUGUAUGUAAUGAAUACUAAACUACUGAUAAUCAUUUUUUUUAAAUCUGUAACUUGUUCUGCCAGAUAAAAUGCGUACAGCCGUGAUGCUAGUGUUAUAACCAAGUGUAAGGACCCUUUGGAAGGCCAGACAUGGUGCUGUGUUCCUUUGAUGCUGGUACUUAGGAGAAAUCUGCAGAGGUAGGCAGAUUUCUUCUUGAGUUCAAGGCCAGCCUGGUCUACAUAGUAAGUUCCAGACUUUCUGGAGCUGCACAGUAAGACCCUGUCUUAAACAAAAAACAAACAAACCAACCUUUGGAAAGAUCACUUUCAUAUUUUGGGAUGUCAUGAGCUUAUCUAUGUUUCAAAAUUCAGAAUAGCUGUCCUUUGGCCUAAACCAUAAAUCUACACCCCCAACGACAGUACUAUGCAGACAUUUCACUGAUUUAAGUUGUUUGAUACAGUCAGUGCAGGUGAACUCCAUGCUAAAGUUUUAAGCCUUGGCCAAAUAACUUACACCUCACAGACUGUCUGAGGCGGUGCUUCUUUUUUUCCUGAAAACUUGAUUUUUCUUGAUGAAGCCAAAGUUAAUGAGCAUGAAUUCUCAAAGGAGUAGUCUGCUUUGUUUUACUUAAUAUCAGGUUGAGUGAAGUAAGUUUUAUUCGUGUCAGAGUCUAAGCCACACAUUUUGAAUACCCACAUGUUUGAUACUAUUUAAGUCAUGCUGUGCCAAGAGUUACUAAAUUCUUAGAACUGGCCCUGUGCCCUGCCUAAGGCCAGACAGGGCAGUGCGGAACCCAAAUGUGCUAUCUGAGAGUCUUAAGCUAGGAAAUCUGGGUGUUUUAAAUUAGUGAGAGGUUUCAGUUAGUGUUGAAACCUCCAGAUCCGACUUGAUGUUAGGCAGUGUGGAUGUGCUCAGUGGUAGAGCAGUUACCUAGUGGCCCAGGCCUUGGGUUCAGUCUCUAACACUGCAAAAGGAGAGCAGUGGCUCACAGUGUAACCUACGUUUAGAGAGACAUGAAAGGAAGUACUUUCAAAGUGAAUGUUUGUUGUAAUUUAGUCCUAACAAGUGUAGAGCUAUGAUAUGUGACCUUAAUUAAGAAAAACCAGAUUGGAUCAGUAGUAUUUUUGUUGUUUUUCAUAUUUAACAUAAAAAUUCCCUUCAUCCCUAAUUUGUUUAUAAUUAAAGAGACAAAUUGAUUUUGUAUUUUUUCAAAGUUUUAUACAUAUUAAAAGGGUUUUGUUGUAGUCUAUCAUGAAUGAAAAGGAUAUUUUUUUUUUUAAUUUGAGGAAUACUUUUGUGUGUGUGUGCCUAAAAUGGUCUGUCAUUUUAAGAAUUAGCACAAAAAAAAAAUUAGCUAGUUCCUAAAUGUAUGGAGGUUUAAUAGUACCAGUACACAGUUGUGGGUGAGGCACUAGUGAGAAGUGUGUGGGAAAUGCAGCUGGGUAGGUGGGACUCACUUGUCUCUGAAUGGUUUAAAGGUGGUAUUUCCUGGAAUUUUUUUAAUGAUUUUUUUUUUCAAGGAAGACAGACAUUCGAAAUGUGCUUAUCAAAUUUCUACAACACUGGACUAAUAGGAAUAACUUUUUUUUUAAAAAAAAAAGACUGUUCUGUAUAAAUAAAAUAUAUGAAACUCAAGUGCAAAAGCCGUGAAAAUAAAAGGCAUUGUCUUCUGUCAAUGUGAUGCACUGUGGCCGAGCAGUUCCCUCAGGACUCAACUCUGCAGCCCUUCCUCCUGUGCCUCAAGUGUCGGCUGCCACUCCACAGGUCUUCCGUCUGUCGGCUCCUUUGAAAGCCGGGCUUCCAAAGCCCUGUUGAACACUGAGGGUUCUGGUGAUGUGUGUUAAUGAGUUGUAUUUUAAAUAUCAGAGAUUAUUAAAUAAAGAGAAUGAUUUUCUAUUAA